AUGAGAAUUUCUGAGGAACGGGCGCUCGUUUUCGCGGAGCUCUCUGAAAGGAUGAACGCCAUUGUCUCGGCGAAAAUCUACGGGAGGGUUCUUCAUUCGGAGCUGGACGACGAUCAAUUGUCGGAAAAGACGAUCGAGUUCUACGACGACGGGAUCGGCUACGACAUUUACGAAAACGACGGCGUUUACACGGCGCUGGUGGACUUGAAUCAAGACGGCAAGCCCUCGAUGGUGAGCGUGAUCGCCAGUGGGCCCAACAUCACUGCCACUGUGGACAGACAAGUCUACCUCGGCCACGGGCAGAGCUUCGAAGAGUCGCCAGAGCAGCGCCUUCGCAGGAGUGUCCAGAGUCUCAUCCAGUCGAACACGCAAGUCGGAACUCUGAGCUUGAGUCCUUUCGGCAUCGAGCUGGUGCAUUUCCAGCGAGACAGCGAAAUGACGAUGCUGCGGGCGACCGUCGACGGCCGCAUCCAAAACCGAGAAGUGUUCUUGCGACUGCCAAACAGCACCGAAAUCCGCUGCUGCUUCGAAAAGGGCGAAAUCUCGUUCAAAAACGACGCCACGCACGAUCUAGUCGCGGCGGUUCUUGAGCAAGGCGCGCCAAGUGGCCAAUACAUCAUCAAACUCGAAAACACAGAGGACAUCACCAGAAACUUCCGAUACAAGAUCUUCUCGCAGAAAAAACUACCAGAGAAAAGAGCGCGGCAUAUCAGAAGCCCUGAUAUCCCACCAGAGAAAAGACAAGAUAGCCGUCCGAGGGUCGAAGAGCUGCGUUUUACGAGAUCGUCGAUUACAAGUGUCGACGGAAACUACAAACCCUGCUUGGACCAGUUCGAGCACUACUUGGGCAAGUGCUGGCUUUUCGUCGGAAACGAGAUGAAUUACGAAGGAGCGAGCACUUACUGUCGACAGAAAAGCGCUGCUCUCCCUUUUGUCAACUCCUCGGACUCGUUUUUCGCACUUUACGAUUUGGUCAAAUACAAGCAGAAAAACAGAAGACGAGUCCAAUUCCGUGGCCAUUGCUGGCCAAUACGAACCGAUAGAAGAGCCCAGCUACUACAAAGGGAAGUGCAAGUUUUUCAAGGAAGCACCGGCCAAGCGCUUUCGACGACUCAGGCUUGCGACAAAAACUACAUGAGUUUUUGCGUGAGGGAUGAAAUCGACAGUAUCGCGCCAAAUCAAAUUACGGACUUGUCGAUCAGAGCCGUCGCAGAAAAAGAGGAAAAAGACGUUUACAUGGACUACGCAAGUGCAGAUGGUAACUGGUCCUACAUUUUCUCGUGGACGAACCCGGACGAUUUCGGCGCGCGAAAUGAAGAGCGCGAAAUCGAGCUGCGCAUUGCUUUGGUCGAGGAGGCCCCUUUCGAAGAAUACCGCCUCAUCGAGCGCGUCCAGACCAUCGGCUUCAGCAACAUCAACCGCACGGCCAGAGAUAUCACCAGCUGUCCCAAGAACUUGCCCAUCGAUCUCGCCAUUUAUUUGGCGUUUGAGUCGGACGAGUUGAUCAACGCCACGGCCGUGCAGUUGCAUUCCUUCUUCAACGCCGCCUUGUUUUACGGAAGCCAGGAUUUUCAGGCGGAGUAUUUUGGCUACCGACCUUGGAAACAAAAAUCAGAAGAGAGCGGCCUCACCUCAGUUUUGGCCAACGAAACGACAGAUUUCUUCGUCGAAUUUGAAAAUCCCGGAAGACGCGACAGAUUCAAGUCCUUCAAAAUACUCAUUCAUGACAAAUCAUUCGGCAUGCAGAAUUAUUUUUCAAACUUGGAGAAACCGUUGACUUUUUGGAAGAGCGCGCCGGUCGAUGUCAGUAUCACGCUGGGAGAGUCUGCCGACGACCGUGGUGCCGACUUUGUUGGUCAAGCGGACAUCGGCCAAAUUGUGAAAGACCUUUGCCAGGCGGCAGACAAGUACAACCGCUACAUCAAAGUAGCAGCCUUGGAUCCGGCGAAAAACGUCGGCAGAGCUUCGCGAGCGCUGAUGAUUCCAGUGAAAAUGACGCCCGCCGAGUUCGAAGUCGAGCCGCCGCAGCGAAAAGAAGUCAAGGAAAAGAAAAGCGGGCCGAAAUUGGGUGGUGCUAUUGCUGGUGGUGUCACGGGUUUGCUGGUGCUCUUGGGCGGACUCACCGCCUGUGCGCUGUUUGGAGGAGCGCGCAAAAAGGGAGACAAGAAGGGCUCCAAGAAGAAGAAGUCGACGAAAAAGAGCAAGUCGAAGAAAACUGUCAGAAAACCGGGUAAAGUCAAUCCCGAAACCGCGGCGAAGAAGAAAAAGAAAAAAGGAAAAUAA